GAGAGUAGCACGGCCUUGGACCGGGUGAAUUUUCCUUUGAAUGAAGCUGCCUGUACCGGGAGGAAUUGCUCAGAGAUACUCCUCGAGUCAGUCAACAUAUCCCUGGAAUGUCGUGAGAGAGUCCGAAGAAUGUUGGAAUCAAUUGGCGAUGCGAAGCUGUCGGAUCGUGUGGAGCAGUUUUUCGUGGGAUAUGUCCGGUUCCAUCUCGCAUGCUCCAGGUACAGGAUCGGAUCACUUUGCGCCGAGUCAGGGGAUACACGUCUUACAGCGUUUUAUGAGAUGAGUUUGAAUGCAGUUGGU